AAGCAAACGUUUCGUACAAUCAUUUCAGUUGAUCCCAAGAUAUGGCACAACAGUUGACACAAAGGAUGGCAUCACUCGUCACCACAGAUGACGGCGAAGACAAAGACAUUCAACAGCCGAAGAUUUACGCGAAGGACUCAAUGGACAGAUUCGGUGAUGACAUGUUUGGACUCAUAUUAUCGUAUCUCUCACUCGAAGAUCGGUUUCGAUGCGAAUGUGUGUCCAAACAGAUCCAGAGGACAGUCUUCGAGAGUGUUGUGGACAUCAAACUCUAUCAUCUGAUUAGAAACAUCUAUAAAACAAAGACAACAUUAACUCAAGCGAUGGAAACAAUUGCCAAAAAGUUUCCAAACAUUCAGAUCAUUGACUGUCGAGGAAUGAUAUGCAAUGACAAUAAUUUGCAAAUAUUUCACGACAAUUGCCGGCAUUUGCGGCACAUUUACUGCAGUAAGGGUUCAAAUUGUAAUCAACUGAUCCCAAAGUUGAGACCUCUGGUCACCAGAAUUAGUGACGUUUGGGCCAAACAAUCGUUCAUUAAUUACCACCGAUUGUCUCAUUUGUCGGUCACUUUUAUAUGCUAUGUAUUUGACCAGAAUUUCGGACUAAUGGCGAAGAAUUUGUUGAGUUUUGAGUUCACAUUCAAAGUGAAAGACUUUAACAAUCAAUUAUUGUCCCGAUUUGUGGCCGAGAAUCAGUCCCUCAGAUGUCUUGUCAUAAAAGAGAUCCAAUGCAACACUUCGGAGACACUCAACGAACUGACCGAACAAUUGUCACGAUUACCACAAUUACGGCGAUUGAGACUUGAAUUCCGUUCGCUUCCCAAACACUACUCAUUGUGUGAGUCUUUGCGUCCAAUUGGCGUGAAAUGCAAACAAUUGAAACGAUUGGCUCUCGCAUUGCGCUCUAAAACCACUCAAAUCGUGGAUUCAAUAGAAGAGUUUCGACAAUUAAAACGAUUAGAUUUAACCCUCGAUUCUCAAUGGUUUGGUCUUCGGAUUUCGGGCCAAAGAUUAACGCAUUUAUGGCUCAAAGAUUUGAAAUUAAUUAGCGAUAGAUUUGUCAAUUGUCACGAACUUUGGCCACGACUUCAAUGCCUAUCCAUUGAAUGCACAUAUUUUAGCCGCCAAUGUUUGGAUCAGAUCUCGACACUACCGGCUCUGCAAACACUUAUCGUUCAAUGCUUUGUAACCAUUGAUCUCUCGGACAAUGAUUUCUCG